AUGCACGCGCCUCCACAUGGCGUGGUCAAAGUCAAGUUCAAAAGCAAGAUCAACCACCCCAACAUCGAUUGGGACGGCAACAUUUGCCUCAACAUGCUCACAUCGAUUUGGACUCUCGCUCAGUCCAUUUCCAAGCUUCUCACUGCCAUUUGCUGGCUGAUGAGCAACCCGAGCGUCACCGACCCCCGCGCGACCAACGGGGCCUCCGGCUACCGGAAGAAUCGGGGCCACUGCAAGAACACGGCGCGUGAGUGGACCAAGAAGCACGGCUUCAGGAAAUGA